AUGCCUGUGAUCUUCACGAGGUCACAGCCCAAUACGAGAAUCACAUACCAUGAUCGAAACCACUUCGAUGGCCGAAAUCAUCGCAUCCAACAGGACGGCAUUACAGAUGCCGACUUCGAAGUCCUGGCGCAGACGUCAGAAGAGCUGAAGUCCAAGGGCUUCGAUGCAUUUAGUUGGGAGGACCGCGCAGAAUGCGCUCCCCCUGUGGACGGUCGCCGGACCAGCAUCGUCGCGGCUGACCUAUGUUGGCCGGAUUGCGA